AUGACGUUCACAAAAACACUUCUAAUAUCGUCAUUAUCAUUAUGCUAUAUACUAUUAACUUCAGAUUAUCCAACCCCGGUUUUAAGAUGGUAUCAAGGAGGAGUGACAGAUGUUCAGAUACUUCAAUUGUAUAAUGGUGUUUUGUCUGUUGAUGAACAAUUUGAAGACAGAUUUGACAUCGAAGGUCAGGCCUCUCUACGGAUCAAUGACACACAAUUCAACGAUACUUCCUUAUACACUGUUGAAGUUCAAGCUGGAUUGGAUGGUAGCUCACAAUCAGUUGAAUUGUGGAUAUCAGAUUUAAAACCAGUCAUUGAUGAUAUUCUGGUUUCAAGUAACCCAGCGAACGAAAACGAGAACGUGACGUUUAGCUGCAUUAGGAGCGGAUGCCAGAUUUCAUUCAUUUCAUGGUAUCUAGAUGGACAUCGCAUAAUUGAGAGCAGUAAAUACAGUGUGCACAACAAUACAUUAGUAGUGUAUGAAGUAAGUGAGCUCGACAACGGCAUGUACACAUGUAAGGCCGAAAACACAGCUGGUUUUGAUGAGUGUUCUCUAUGGUUCGAAGUUGACAUAGAUAGUAAUAACAAAAAGGAAGCAGACUUUUCCAAUGGCAGCAAAAUACUGGAUGAUGACACCCUUACUAAAUAUAUUAUGAAAACUCGAUCUCGACAACUUAGAACGACAUAUUCUGGCAUUUGA